AUGUCAGUUCAAUUAGUUUUUCGGGAUUUAUCCUUAUUGGCCAAAGAAGUACAUCGUUUACGUGAUCAAAUUUCUGAACGAGAAGAAGAAAUUGUUGAAUUGAAAUCUGAGAGAAAUAAUACAAGGCUUCUUUUAGAACAUUUAGAAUGUUUAGUUGCUAGACAUGAACGUUCAUUAAGAAUGACAGUUGUUAAACGACAAGUUAAUAGUCCUGGUGGUGUUAGUUCUGAAGUGGAAGUAUUAAAAGCAUUGAAAUCAUUAUUUGAACAUCAUAAAGCAUUAGAUGAACGUGUACGUGAACGUUUACGUACAGCAUUAGAACGUGGUGCACAAUUAGAAGAAGAAGUACGUUCAUCUGCAGCUGAUCGUGCUGCGCUAAGAGAACAAUUAGCUGCAGCAUUAGCUGGUGUAGCUGCUGCUGCAGCAGUUCAACAACAACGACAACAACAACAACAACAACAACAAUCUGUGUCAACUAUGAAUGGGAAUGGAAAUAAUAUCGAUUCUAAUCACGUCACACAAGGAAGUAAAGAUGAUAAUGACGGAACUGAUGUAGGCAGUAAACUAGCUUCACUACCUCCAGGCGGACCACCAAUUGCAUCAAAAGAUUCAGGUGAUGAAGGUUCAUCUGCAAAUUCUCCUGAAAAUUCCGGUGCAAAAACAGUUGCAUCCGUUGCUGCGGCUGCAGCAGCUGCUGCUGCCAGUGCCGUAGCUGUUGAACGUAAACUUGCUGAAGUUACUACAAAAUCCAGAGAUUUAGAAGCAUCUAAUACAACACUUCAAAAAGAAUUAUCACGUGCUCACGAUGAGAUUUCUCGCCUACAAAGAGAACUAAGAGAGUUGGAAGCUCAACGUGAAGAUCAAGAAGCUCGUAUUGCAACAUUAGAACAACGUUAUCUUGCUACACAACGUGAAGCUACUGGUACACUGGAUAGACUUAGUCGAGCUCAAUCAGAAUUGAUUACACGUGAAAUUGAAUUGAAACAGGCAAAAGAUCAUGCUAAUCAUUUAGUUAGUGAAUUAGAAACAGUACAAAAUGAAUUAGCAAUUGUCAAAGUGAAUACAAUGCAACAAUAUGAAAAAUUGAAUGCAUCAUUAUCAAGUACAUCUACAACUGUAACAACAACGACAUCAUCAACUAUGAUGAAUGCAGAACAUACAGCUAAGGAAAAUGGUGGUGAAUUUAUUGAAUCUAUCGAAAAUGAAAUGAUUUCUGAUGAUGACAAAACUACCAUAAACAAUAAUAGGAGUUCUCAGUCAACUAGUAAUAAUAGCAAUAAUAGCAAUAAUAAUAAUAACAAUAAUCCUAAUGUAACAGUUGUUGAUGAAUUACGUGUACAAUUAUCUACAGCUGAAGAACGUAUUAAAGAUAUGGAAGUUGAAAUGAAUGAAAUUCAAUCAGAAUUACAAAGAGCUAGACAACGUGAACAAUUAAAUGAAGAUCAUAGUUCACGUUUAACUGCUACAGUUGACAAAUUACUUUUGGAAUCUAAUGAACGAUUACAGACGCAUUUACGUGAAAAAAUGGCUGCAUUGGAAGAGAAAAAUCAGCUGCACACAGAAUUAGAUCGUCUCAGACGUCUGUUAGAAACAAGUCAAACUGAACGAGAUCGAGCAUUGGCCGAUAUGGAACGAUUAAGACGUAGUUCUGCUGCAACAACACCUACUGCACUUGCUUUACAAGGUGACUCAUAUUCUUCUGGUUCACACAGCCUUCGCAGAAUGCCUCGUAAUUCUGCUAGCAAUAGAACAGAUCAAACACUUCUUGACAAUGAAGAUGUGAAUUUGGAUGAACUAGAAACCAAUAGUAGUUCGCUUAAAAAAAUCAAACGAAAAGUUGUUGGUUCUGAUUGGAUUGAUUUAGAUGGUGAUACAACAGCAACAAGUCCAGUAAGUAGAAGUCAAUCCGAGCUUGGUACUGGUAAUACAGAUGCACAAAGAUUGGCGCUGAUGAUUCAAAAUCAAUUAGAUGCAAUCAAUAAAGAAAUCAAAAUGAUACAAGAAGAGAAACAAACUGCAGAACAAUUAGCUGAAGAGCUAGAAUUACGUGUUAGUGGUGGUAGUACAAGUCGUAAUGGUACUUCACAAGGCCAAUUAAUCGAUGAUUAUUAUAGUCAACGUAGCAGUGAUACAAAUGAAGCAUAUGGCUAUACUAAUCAAGAUGGACGUUUUAAUGCAAAUAAUGUUAUGCCAAGUUUAUUGCCUAAUUUCGGUCCAACUGGUUGGUCACCUCCACCAUCACCGCUAAGUUCUAGGUCUACACCAUUUGGUGGUAUUUCUAAUGAUUCAUUCAGUGGUAGUUUUAAUAAUCCCAAUCGAAAUACAUCAUCAUCAAUUAGUAAAGAACCUGAACGAUCCAUACCUCAAUAUGCUGCUCCUACUGCUUUAACAAUAGAUCCACGUCGUAACCUUCAACAUCAACCUAUUCAAUAUGCACAACCGACUAGUACUAGUGGAUUUAUGUCGCGUAGUAGUCAAUUUGAACAACAACGAUCAAUAU